GUCCGUCCCAAAGGCCGUCGCGGCGUAGAGGAUUGGUCGGCAACAUGGCACAGGCGGUUUACGGUACGACGCGAGUCGGGAAGAUGCAGAACCCAGCCCUCUUCAGGGGAAGUCUCCUCUGCUAUCCCCCUACACCCUGAUAAGAAACAGGACUUGUAGAGGUUAGCUGCCUAACUCCCUGCACAUCCCUGCACGACGGAACCGGCUCGACAAUAGAAGAAGAUAAAGACGGCACUGCAGGGCAAAGAACAUCAUCAGACCGGUCAAAAUGAUUCAAUCAACUUCCUCUCCACUAGGGAUCUCUCCUCUUCCAGGCCCAGCCACAUCGCCCGGAGCCCAUAUGCCGACCGCCGCACCCUCAGCACCUCUCCAACCACUUCCAUCACCCCCUUCUCCCGCUCCUCAACCGUCCGCCAACGAACAAGCCAAGCGGGACUUGCCUUGGAAAUACGAGGGAUAUAAAGCCUUCAGCGCAUGGAUGGCUUCAGAGGACGACUUCUUCAUCUUCCGCCGCUUCGAGAAUCUCAACGCGCUUACUAUGCUCUGGAUGCAGGACAAGAUCGUGAGGAUUGAAGCGAAACUGCAAGAAAUCCACAAGACGAUCGAAGAUGCGCCCCUAAAUGAAAAGCUCAAAAACUGCAGCUUUCGCUGGGAUGAGAAGUACAGGCAGGAGAGGCACGCAUUAAUGGGAGAGCUGAGUCGCUUGCUGCACCACUACAACCAGUACAUCGAAGCCUUCUCCAAGGUCCGCGCGCGCCCCCGUGCAGAGAAGCGCCAGAUUACCAACGUACGAAACUGGCUCGCGCGGGAAGCGAUCGAUAAAACGGAAGCCUCUUUCACCGACAACACUAGCGACCUAAUCUCCAUAAACAGCCGUACGCGCCCCCCACUAGGCCAGUGGCUCGAAUCGCUGCCCAGCCUCCACCUCUCCUGCCUCUUCCGCGCCAAGCCCGUCCCCGGCCUUCACCAUAUCUCAGAAGCAACAUCGUACUCUAGCAACACGACCUUCGAGUGCUUCACGAAUACCGGUAUUAUACUGGUGGGGCUGGCGAUGCUGCUCGCGCCCAUGUGGUGGCUCGAAUAUGUCAGUAGGAGCGAGACAAGGCUUAAGAUCAUCACAGGGUUUGUGGGCGUGUUCAGCGGAACGAUGACGCUGGCGACUGUGAAUCGACCGUUCGAAGUUGUGGCUGCCACGGCUGCAUAUGCGGCAGUGUUGAUGGUUUUCAUGCAGAUUGACGGAAGAGCAUAGAAGGACGACCAACGAGGUGGAGGAAGGCAACGCAAUUUCUUUCCUUUUUCUUCCAGCAACAGUGC